GCAUGCCUUUUUACUACGUUUCAGUUUGAAUAUGAAUUAUAUAUCGGGCUAAAUUUUAUCAUAUCCAUUAAAAAUUUGAACAGUAAUAAGCAAGUGUGAUGAAAGAAAAACACAAAUUUAUGUUCAUAGGCAUUUGAUGCCUUAUGAUCUCGUAGGUAUAAAUACAAUAGAUAAAUGAUUAAGGAAUUUAAAGACAAACUCUACACUCAAGUGAAAAACAUCGUUGAAGGUGACGAAAGCUUUGUUUGACAAGUCCAAUACAUUUUCAGUUUGAGAAUCACCAGCAAGCUUGUUUAAUCGAUCUUUUUAAUUCUUGUUCAUUUAUGAUGUACAUAAAAAUUAUUCACGGAAGCAAACUACUUUCAUUAUGAAAUAAAUAAGAACAUGUUUUCCCCCGGCCCUAAAAUGUUGAUUGCAUCAAAAUAUACCUCUACUAUGGAUCGUUGCAUAUUUAAGUUCGAUUUAAAUUUAAGAUGUCAAUUGCAAUUUAUUAGCAUUCAUCAUUUGGAAGUUAGAUGAUGCCAACCAUACAAUAUAUUACACAGAAAUUAUUUGUUUGCUUUAGUGUAUAAUCACACCACCCUUUGGGUUGGUUUCGGUUAUACUACUUAAUUGUUACAUCGUUUGUGACGAAUCUUGAGUAUUAUCUAUUGUGGGUGUUUAAUUCAAUUUUAUCUUCCUAUCCAUCACAACAUAAUGGCAUCGUCAACGAUUUUAAAGGUUUUUGCAUUUGCCAGCAUAUUAUUCACUUUCAUCCUUUGUAUAUCAUUGGUAUCAAUCAUAAGCUCAUUCGCAUAUGAAACAAGAAGUCAGAGAACAAUCAGGCGUGCAACUAACAUGUGUGUGUCAUGUGAUGAUUUGCAAAGUUUCCCUGGGUUCCCCGGUGUUGCAUCUGAAGGAAUCGACAGAUUACGGUCUGCGAAAAACAAGUCUUCAUGCUGUUCUUCAACUGACGAAAUUCUGAAGUUGCGCAUUCGGAAGAUGAUGGAUGAGCAGGUUUACGAAUACAACUCUGGUUUACCUGCAGAAAUUGUAACUAUUUCUCUUGGGAAAAACAACUGUGACCUAGUUCCUCUGGAUGAAAACAUGCCGCGAGCAAAAGUUGUUGGCGUUGUGGAUCACGACCGGUCCUCAUAUCAAAGUGACCACUGGAAAGUUCGGUGGGAGAAGAACGGUAAUGCAACAAAUGGGAAAAUAACACACUUGGAAGAAGACGGGGAGAUAUUCAUCAGACAGCCUGGUACAUACGUUGUAUUGACAAAGCUAAGGAUCCAUUGGGACGCCUCUGCACCGUUAACAUCAGAUUUUUCUCACGUUUUGUACCAAUUCUCAAAUAAGUAUGGAUCGGAAACUGUUCUUAUGCAGAAAAGGAGAACACUAUGUGGCUCUAGUGAUGGCCAAUACGAUUGUUUCAUGUCAGCGGUUUUUCGAUUUCACGAAUACGAUCGCAUAUCCAUUCACACGACACACGCGCAACAUUUACAAAUCAACGAAACGGAGAACUUCUUUGGUGUGUUUUAUACGUAUGACAUGUACUAAAAUUGAAAACACAUUCUGUAUCGUUGGACUUACAAAUAUAUGAGUAAAGAUGUUUUGUACUCUGAUAUAUUCUAGCAAUAAUCAUAUCCGGGAGAUAGUAUAUAUCAUUUUAAAUAUGUUUGGUGAUCAUGUAUAAUGGUACCAUGUUUUAAACGUUCUAAACAUAAAUAAAUCUAUUUAACCAUC